ACCCUCCCAAUAAUCCCACCCGAGUCUCAACCGCCUCGCAACUAGCAGAUGACAAAAGUCACUCGAAAGAUCGGAGAUGCAGAGGUCUCUGCCCUUGGAUAUGGUGCCAUGGGGCUUUCUGUGUGGUAUGGUACGGUGGGAAGCGACGAGGAGCGGUUGAAGUUCUUGGAUGGUGUGUACGAGCGCGGCUGCAACUUCUGGGACACGGCGGACGCCUACGGCGACUCGGAAGAACUCAUUGGAAAAUGGUUCAAACGCACCGGCAAGCGCAAUGAAAUCUUCCUCGCGACCAAGUUCGGGUUUUCCUCUCCCUCUGGCAAGUUCAUCGACGGGGACCCGGACUAUGCUAGAGCUGCCUUUGAGAAGUCGAUCAAGCGCCUGGGUGUAGACCAGAUCGACUUGUGGUACUUGCAUCGCGCAGACACAGAAGUUCCCAUCGAGAAAACCAUCGGUGCUAUGGCUGAAUUCGUCAAAGCUGGCAGAGUAAAGUACCUUGGAAUUUCUGAAUGCUCCGAGGCAACGCUCCGUCGCGCGCAUGCCGUCCAUCCCAUCACCGCCCUUCAAGUCGAAUACAGUAUCUUCACGCUUGAUAUCGAGGAUCCUAAGAUUGGGCUUCUGAAAGCAGCCCGCGAGCUCGGGAUCAAGAUUGUCGCAUACUCGCCGCUCGGCCGCGGGCUGCUUACUGGACAAUUCAAAAGCCCUGAUGAUUUCCCUGCGGAUGACUUCAGGCGGACAGUCCCUCGGUACAGCGCAGCCAACUUUCCAAAUAUCCUCAAGCUCGUCGACGGCUUGAAGGAGGUCGGGGCAAAGCAUGGCGCGACAGCGGGACAGGUCGCGCUCGCGUGGCUGCUGGCGCAGGGAGACGACGUCAUCCCUAUCCCAGGAACGAAGAAAGAGAAGUAUCUCGAGGAGAACCUUGGUGCGCUCAAGCUGCAACUCUCAUCUCAAGAAGUGCAGGCAGUGCGCGAUGCGGCACAGAAAGCGAAUGCGGAGCAGGGCGAUCGGUACCCCGCCAUCUUUUUGAAGUCCCUGCUCGCCGACACGCCGCCGUUGUGAACGAAAUGAGACCCCUGUACCAAUACGAGUAGGUCUGUAUACGCGCUAAAUAACCAAGGAGAACGGUAUCGAUAUGGUGUACGUGUGACAUAUGCUCAUGCUCUAGCUGCGAUUGCUGUGACUUGUUAAUUCAAACGAACGUUAGUGAUUCUCUCGAAGAUCUUUCGUCUCCAUUUAUUUUGAUCACAUCGGCACGUGG